CUUUGCACACGUUUUGAGAUGACGAGAUUUUCUCAACUGCAGUGGCCCGGCCAUUACUUCGCGGUAAUGCAUUCGAAGUCCCGAUCCAAAGGGCCGGGUCCAAUUCCUUCAUGAGUUUGAAAUAUCUCUCCCAACCUCAAACAACAUUGGUCACUCAACUUGCGAAUCUCCAACUCUCUGGACGGGAGAGGGGUGACUGAUAAACAACUGAGACCGUACUGGACCACUGAUACCGUCUGAUCUUGGCAAGAUCAUCGACUUAUCAAAUCCUCCGCCCCCUCGCGUUCACCUGUUCUCCAAAGCCCGUCGCCGCAAUGUCACGAUACCGAGCUUACGACAAGGACGGCGAUGACGUUCCUGUCAUCGAAGACGCGCGCGUCGGCCGCGCAGGCUUUGCUGAUGAUUCUACUUCAGCGGACGCCGACUUUGCAGCCAUUGACCCGCACAGUGGCGUCAAGCGAGGCCUCAAGACCCGGCACCUCAGCAUGAUGGCUCUGGCGGGCAUCAUCGGGCCGGGUCUCCUGAUCGGCGCGGGAGGCGCGCUCUCCAACGGCGGGCCCGCUGCCCUACUCAUCGGGUUCGGCGUUAUUGGUAUCAUUGCGUUCAGCAUUAUGCAGAGCUUGGGCGAGUUGACCACGUUGUAUCCCAGCGGAGGUGCGUUCACCGGGCUGGCAGAUCGGUUUGUCGACAAGGCGUUUGGUGUUGCGCUGGGUUGGAAUUACUAUAUCAUCUGGAUGUGUGUCUUGGCCAAUGAGUAUAACGUGUUGUCGAGCAUUUUUGUCUUUUGGAGCGACAAGGUGCCCCUGUGGGGCUAUUUCUUGAUCUUCUGGACACUCUUCCUUGGUUUCCAACUGCUCGGAGUCGAGGCUUUUGGCGAAGCUGAGUUCUGGUUAGCUCUACUGAAGCUGAUUGGCUUGGUCGCGUACUUUCUCUUCUCCAUAGUAUACGCUGCUGGUGGAAUUCCUGGACAAGAAGCCCUUGGGUUCAAAUAUUGGCGUGACCCUGGUGCCUUCACCGAUGGCUUCCGUGGCACCGCCAAAGUCUUCGUUUUCUGCUCCACAUUCUACGCCGGUGUGGAGUCUGUCGCCGUUGCCGCCACCGAGACGAAGAACCCGCGUGUCGCCGUCCCGCUCGCGAUUCGCCAAGUGUUCUGGCGCAUCAUCUUUAUCUACAUGGGCUCUGCCUUCUUCUUCGGUCUGACAUGCCCCGCCAACGCGGACGAGCUCGUCAACGGGGGCUCCCGUGCCGUGAAGAGUCCCAUGACGGUGGCUAUCCAGAACGCCGGCUGGGAAGGGGGCGUGCACUUGAUCAACGCCUUCAUCUUCGUUACGUGUUUAUCAGCGUGCAACUCGUCCAUCUACAUCGGAUCCCGCACCCUUCUUUACAUGGGACAGGAUAAGAAGGCCCCUAAGAUCUUGGGCAGGACGGAUAGCCGCGGUGUGCCUAUUCCGGCCAUCGUGUUCACCAAUCUAUGUGGCGCGCUGUCCAUGAUGAACAUCAGCACAGGCGCCAGCAAGGCGUACUCGUACAUCGUCAAUCUCAGCGGUGUCUCGACUUUCCUCGUCUGGGGUUCCAUUUCUUUCAUCCACAUCCGAUUCAGACAAGCGUGGAAGGCCCAGGGCCACGCGGAAAGUUCACUACCAUUCAUCUCGUUGUGGUAUCCGUGGAAUGCCUACUUUGGUUUGGGGGCAAACAUCUUCUUGGCUGUUGUGCAGGGUUGGACCACCCUUGCCCCAUUCGAUGCUGGAUCAUUCGUCGAUGCUUACAUCUUAUUACCCUUGUUUCCCAUCAUUUGGUUUGGAUACAAGUUCUGGUUUAAGACGCAUUUCUGGAGGGUGGGUGAGAUUGAUCUAAUGUCCGGUCGCCGACGCGACCUGGACGAGUCACAGGAAAUCGAGACUGGAGAACAUGAUUUGGACAGACUACCUUGGUGGAGGCGGUUACUCAAGAGCUUUUGAAGUCAUCAGAUGGAUAAUGGACUUUGGGAUCAGCCUAAAGAAUACUUUAGUCGCUUCGAGAAAUUGGCCGUAUUUAGUUAGGCACUGUCCGCUGAAAGAAAUGCUGUGCCCUUUGCAAUGAUCUUCAAGACCCCGGUGGGAUGAGGAAUGCAGUCAGAACAACAGUAGGCUCUCGCAUAGCCAACUCGUUUUGGAUCUGCGGAUUGGUUCGUCGAACUUAUGUGAGCCG